AUGAAGUUCUGUGUCCCAAGAAGUGGUAGGCAGCUACAUACCUUUGACGAUCUUGCCUUGCGCUGCAACGGCGAUGAUCCUGACCAGACUGAUGACUAUGUGUACUAUGAUGAGUACACUCAGUUAGAAGAGGAACCCCUCCUCCAAAGCCAAUACACUGACGAUCCUGACUGGUUUGAGGAAAUGUAUGGCCACAGUAGUGCUAGAAAAGCAGACCCCUGCUCCUCCAAUCCCUGCAAGAACAACGGCCAGUGUGAAAAAAAAGGAAGUAAUUUCCGAUGCAACUGCCCCAUGCCGUAUACAGGAACUACAUGUGAGAGAGUGAGAGACAUGUGUCUGGAGAAGAGAUGCAUCAGAGGAGAUUGCCUUAUUACAUUAACCCCACCUUAUUUCCAGUGCAGCUGUAGUCAUCCCUACAAAUUACCAGACUGUCACCGAGCAUCUUCACCAUGCAGGCCAAAUCCAUGUAAAAAUGGAGGCAUCUGUAUACGGCACAGAAUCAGAUCAAAAUUCACCUGCAAGUGUCCCGAACUGUUUAGAGGGAGAAUCUGUGAAAUUGGACCAGAUGACUGCUAUGAAGAGGAUUCCUCCAAGUAUAGAGGAAGAAUGAACCAAGCAGUGAAUGGGAAGACAUGCCUGCACUGGAAUUCCCACGUUCUCUUGGACUAUCCUAUUAACUCAUUUAUGAAGGAUGCUGACUCUUAUGGCAUUGGUGAACAUAACUUCUGCAGGAAUCCUGAUGGUGAUGAUAAACCAUGGUGCUACAUCAAAAAAAAUAACAAGGUGGAAUGGGACUUCUGUGACAUUUCACCCUGCUCAGGAACAGCUGAAGAGAUCCCAGGGACAGGAGAGAGCCUAAGCGUCCCACCUGAGUCAGAUGAUAUAUUCAAAACAUGUGGACAACCAGAAAAUCAAAGGCCACUCAAGAGGAUCUAUGGUGGAGCCAAGACUAAAGCUGGCAAACAUCCGUGGAUGGUAUCUUUGCAGGAAAAGACUUCAAUGAGGAGCAGGCAUUUAUGUGGUGGAGUGCUAAUUAAACCUUGCUGGGUUCUUACUGCUGGACAUUGCAUUGAAGAUUCAGCAGAAUAUCUCCAAGUGGCCCUUGGAAAGCAAGACCUCAAGAAGAGAGAGCCUCAAGAGCAAAUAUUUGAUGUGGAGAAGAUCAUUGUACAUCACAAAUACAAAGACAAAGAUGGUGUCCAAUACAACGAUAUUGCAUUGCUUAAAUUGAAGCCAGUUGAUGGUCACUGUGCUGUGGAAACAAAGUAUGUGAAAACAGCAUGUUUGCCUAACUUCCUCUUUCCUGUUGGGACUGACUGCUUCAUUUCAGGAUGGGGUGCCACAGAGAAAGAUGAUGAAUCCCACCAGCUGUUGGAUGCCAAUGUCAAGUUGAUUUCACAGAAAAAGUGCAAUGCACCACGAGCAUAUGAUCACAUACUGGAUGAAAGCAUGUUCUGCGCAGGAAAUCUUCAGAGGUCUGGAGUUGACUCUUGUCAGGGAGAUUCUGGAGGCCCUCUAACUUGCAUAGAAAAUGGUUCCUACUAUGUGUACGGCCUUGUGAGCUGGGGUGAGCAGUGCGGGUUAGAAAACAAGCCAGGGGUCUAUACGCAGGUGACAACAUUUCUCAAUUGGAUUAAAUCCAAAAUUCGGUCGGAGUCAAGGUCACUUCAUUAAAAGAUAGCAUUUGGAACAGCAAAUGGUAGACUCUCUGGUAUAGCAGCUCCAUCAGAGGAAAGUCAGUAAGAACUCCAAAUG